UACAGCUGUUGCACCCAACAGGCAUGAAUAAUGUCUACCCCUCUCCUCAAUGAAGUUGGUCUUCUCUGACUGGAUUCUUUAAGGAAUACAAAGAAAUCAUUACGAGGGAUCAAUAAUGGUGUCUCCUGGCGGCAGAAUGCAAACCCAUUGGUUGUUCCUUCUUAUCGCCAUCUUGCAGUGUACAGAAGGGUUCACUCGAGCCGCACUGCCUUUUGGUUUAGUUCGGCGGGAGCUUGCCUGCGAAGGAUACCCCAUCGACCUCCGAUGUCCAGGAAGUGAUGUCAUUAUGAUUGAAAGUGCCAACUACGGGCGCACAGAUGACAAGAUCUGUGACGCAGACCCCUUUCAGAUGGAAAACACAGACUGCCAUCUUCCAGACGCCUACAAAAUAAUGUCGCAAAGGUGUAACAAUAGAACGCAGUGUGUAGUAAUCACAGGUUCGGACGUGUUCCCUGACCCAUGUCCGGGGACGUACAAGUACCUGGAAGUCCAAUAUGAAUGUGUCCCAUACAAAGUGGAGCAAAAAGUUUUUGUUUGCCCUGGGGUGUUGAAAACAGUGGUGGACUCUCCAUAUAUUUAUGAAGCAGAGCAGAAGGCGGGUGCAUGGUGCAAAGACCCCCUCCAAGCCGCAGAUAAAAUUUAUUUUAUGCCCUGGACUCCGUACCGUACGGAUACUUUAAUGGAAUUCGCCUCUUUGCAAGAUUUUCAGAAUUUCCGACAGACUACAACCUAUAAACUUCCCAACCGAGUGGAUGGCACAGGAUUUGUGGUUUAUGAUGGGGCUGUGUUUUUUAAUAAGGAGAGGACAAGAAACAUUGUUAAGUUUGACUUGAGGACUAGAAUUAAGAGUGGGGAGGCCAUAAUCAAUUAUGCCAAUUACCAUGACACAUCCCCUUAUCGAUGGGGUGGAAAAACUGAUAUCGACUUGGCCGUCGACGAGAACGGGCUGUGGGUGAUCUACGCGACGGAACAGAACAAUGGAAUGAUAGUGAUCAGCCAGUUAAAUCCUUACACUCUCCGAUUUGAGGCCACCUUCGAAACUUCCUAUGACAAGCGGGCAGCCUCGAACGCCUUUAUGAUUUGCGGUGUACUCUACGUGGUGCGGUCAGUCUACCAAGACAAUGAAAGCGAAACGGGAAAGAAUGCAAUUGACUACAUCUUCAACACCAAGCUGAACCGCGGAGAAUCUGUUGAUAUUCCUUUCCCCAAUCAGUAUCAAUACAUCGCCGCAGUGGAUUACAACCCUAGGGAUAACCAGCUGUAUGUGUGGAAUAACAACUUCAUUCUACGAUACUCUCUAGAGUUCACUCUUCAGGACUUAGCCCAAGUGCCUACAACUAUAGUGGCAGAAACGCUGCCGGCAGAAGUGGUCCAGACCACCAUAUCUACGACAACUACCACCACCUCACAGAAAGGCCUCGUUAGCACAACGUCCGCAGGAGGUAUGAAGGAGGGGAGCCGAGGGCCAAAACCACCUCCUGUAAUGUCCACUACUCGGAAUCCACCACUCACCAGUACCACGCCUUUGCCGGAGAAAUUCUGUGAAGCACGAGACGCCAGGGGGAUCAGCUGGCCACAGACACAGAGGGGGGUUGUCGUGGAACGUCCAUGCCCCAAAGGAACUCGAGGAACGUCUUCAUACCUCUGUCAGAUCGCCACCGGCACCUGGAACAUCAGGGGCCCAGAUCUCAGCAACUGUACCUCACACUGGGUCAACCAACUGGCCCAAAAGAUUAGAAGUGGAGAGAACGCCGCUAGCCUCGCCAAUGAGCUGGCAAAACAUACCAAAGGUCCCAUAUUUGCCGGAGAUGUCAGCUCCUCGGUAAGACUUAUGGAGCAGCUGGUAGACAUUCUGGAUGCUCAGUUACAAGAGCUGAAGCCCAGUGAAAAGGACUCUGUUGGCCGCAGUUAUAACAAGCUCCAAAAACGAGAGAAGACUUGCAGAGCUUACUUAAAGGCAAUUGUUGACACAGUGGACAACCUGUUAAGGCCAGAUGCACUUCAGUCUUGGAGGGAUAUGAAUUCUACUGAGCAAACCCAUGCUGCUACCAUGUUACUGGAUACUCUUGAGGAAGGUGCCUUUGUACUAGCGGAUAACCUUGCAGACCCAACUAGGGUCACCAUGCCCACGGAAAAUAUAGUCCUCGAGGUGGCUGUGCUCAGUACAGAGGGCCAGGUGCAAGAGUUGAAGUUUCCUCAGGGCAAUAAAGGAGGUAACCUGAUCCAGCUCUCGGCCAACACCGUCAAACAGAACAGCAGAAAUGGUCUUGCCAAACUGGUGUUCAUCCUGUACAAAAGCCUGGGCCAGUUUCUCAGCACGGAGAACGCCACCAUAAAACUGGGCGCAGAAUUCGCCAACAGCAACCACACCAUCGCCGUCAACUCCCACGUCAUUGCCGCCACGAUCAAUAAGGAGUCUAGCCGCGUCACUUUAUCGGAUCCUGUGCAGUUUACACUGGAACACAUCGAUCCCAACAAUUAUUUCAAUGCCAACUGCUCCUUCUGGAACUAUUCUGAGAGAACCAUGAUGGGUUAUUGGUCCACUCAAGGUUGCCGCCUUGUUGAAACAAAUAAAACCCACACAACCUGCGCUUGUACUCAUCUGACGAACUUUGCGAUACUGAUGGCGCAUCGAGAAAUUGUUUACAAAAACUCGAUGCAUGAAUUGCUCCUUACCGUCAUCACAUGGGUGGGCAUUGUCAUCUCCCUGGUCUGCCUCGCCAUUUGUAUCUUCACUUUCUGCUUCUUCCGUGGCCUCCAGAGUGAUCGUAACACCAUACACAAGAAUCUUUGUAUUAACUUGUUCAUUGCGGAAUUCAUUUUUUUGGUGGGCAUCGAUAAAACCAACUACGAGAUUGCCUGUCCCAUAUUUGCUGGCCUCCUCCACUUCUUCUUCUUGGCUGCUUUUGCCUGGAUGUGCCUGGAAGGUAUCCAGCUGUACCUCAUGCUCGUGGAAGUAUUUGAGAGCGAAUAUUCAAGGAAAAAGUAUUACUACGUUGCCGGAUACCUCUUCCCCGCUACAGUCGUCGGUGUAUCUGCCGCUAUAGACUACAAGAGCUAUGGAACAGAGAAAGUGUGCUGGCUGAGGAUAGACAACAAUUUCAUCUGGAGUUUUAUUGGUCCAGUGGCUUUCAUUAUUUUGGUCAAUAUUAUUUUCCUGGUGAUCACGCUGUGCAAAAUGGUGAAGCAUUCCAACUCUUUAAAGCCAGACUCCAGCCGCUUGGAAAACAUUAAGUCCUGGGUGCUUGGGGCUUUUGCUCUCCUGUGUCUGCUCGGACUGACGUGGUCUUUUGGUCUGUUGUACAUCAACGAGGAGACUGUUGUAAUGACGUACCUCUUCACAGUGUUCAACGCCUUCCAAGGAAUGUUUAUCUUCAUAUUCCACUGUGCCCUUCAGAAAAAAGUGCGCAAGGAGUACAGCAAAUGUUUCAGGCACACCUACUGCUGCGGAGGUCUUCCGACCGAAAGCCCCCACAGCGUGGUUAAAGCAUCGACGACAAGAACCAACGCUCGAUACUCUUCCGGCACCCAGAGUCGAAUCAGAAGAAUGUGGAAUGACACCGUGAGAAAGCAAUCAGAAUCAUCUUUUAUCUCAGGUGACAUAAACAGUACGUCCACUCUUAAUCAAGGAAUGACUGGCAAUUACCUACUAACAAACCCUCUUCUUCGACCCCAUGGCACUAACAACCCUUAUAACACACUGCUCGCCGAAACUGUUGUAUGUAAUACCCCUACUGCUCCUGUGUUUAACCCACCAGGACAUUCACUGAACAAUGCCAGGGAUUCAAGUGCCAUGGAUACUCUACCGCUAAAUGGUAACUUUAACAACAGCUACUCUCUACGGAAUGGGGACUACAGUGAUGGAGUACAAGUUGUAGACUGUGGACUAAGUCUGAACGAUACGGCAUUUGAGAAAAUGAUAAUUUCAGAACUAGUGCACAACAACCUGCGGUGUAGCAGCAAGAACCACAACCUGGAGCGUUCCAUACCCAUCAAAACUGUCAUUGGGGGAAGCAGUAGCGAAGAUGACGCAAUUGUUGCAGAUGCUUCCUCCUUAAUGCACGGCGACAACCCGGGGCUGGAACUCCACCACAAAGAGUUGGAAGCACCACUAAUUCCACAGCGGACUCACUCUCUUCUGUACCACCCACAGAAGAAAGUGAAGACCGAAGGAACGGAAAGUUAUGUAUCCCAGUUGACCGCUGAGGCUGAAGACAAUCUCCAAUCCCCAAACAGAGACUCCCUCUACACUAGUAUGCCCAACCUACGGGACUCUCCAUACCCAGAGAGUAGCCCAGAUAUUGAAGAGGAUUUAUCGCCCUCAAGGAAGAGUGAGAACGAUGACGUUUAUUAUAAAAGCAUGCCAAAUCUCGGAGCUGGACACCAUCUACAGAUGUACUACCAGAUAAGCAGGGGCAAUAGCGAUGGCUACAUCAUACCCAUAAACAAGGAAGGUUGCGUCCCCGAAGGAGAUGUCAGGGAAGGACAAAUGCAACUAGUCACAAGUCUUUAAUAUACAUUUUUAGGAGUACAAAUGGCUCAUGCAGGUAUUAAAAGACUCGAUUUUGUUCAACUGAGGCCACCUUAUUUGUGAUCGGCAGCCUAGUAAGACUCACGCUGCUCUCCAUUAUGUAGGAGAGCUAUGGACUUUUUCAGUUCUGUGAAUUUUUUUUAUAAAUCGAAAAUGGGGGGGAAAAAAAACAAAAACAAAAAAAACUUUGUAUAUACACAGAGUAUACUUAAAAUAUUUGUUACAAAGCAAACUGGUACCAACACGGUAUUUAAAAUAUCUGCUGCUGCUUCUGACCGGACAUUGGGGGAGAUAAAAGUAGCAAAUCGGCCAUUUAUGUUCAGCAGCUCUGGAACCUAGUUUGUAAAUACGGCUGCCAAUUUGUGAUGCCUGCAUUGUAUUAUAUACAAGAUGUAGGCUCAAAACUCCUGUGGGAUAGAUUUACUGUACCAUGCUGUUUCGGAAUAGUCUGCAGGAUUUUAUUUUAUUUUUUUGGGGUCAUUUUUAAUUUUAUUUGUAUUUUCUUUCCCUGCUUUGCAGGUCACUGCAGAUUCUAUCCAUUAAGGCAAAGAUUAAACAAACAUGUCUAACCACUAGCAAUCAAGCCACUGGCCUUAUUUCAUAUGUUUCCUCAACUGUACAAUGACCUGUUAUCAUGAAAAUGGCAAAAUAAAUUAUAUUUUGUUCUAUUGCUAGGGUGAAAUACAUUUGUGUCCAACUUGAACUAUAACUGUUGAUUUAAAUAAUUUUGAAAGAUUGGCAGAAAAUAUUGUGAAAAAUCUUGACUGCACAAAGCUUUUUUUUUUUUUCUUUUCAUACACGCUUGUUCUUUGUGGUAAUAAAUGAGACGUAUCAUAUCUAUUAUUCAAAUAUUAUUUUUAACGGAAAGUUGGAUCCCAGUCCCUUUUUUAAGUUUUGUUUUGUUUAUUUGAUGCCAAAUAAUUUUUAAUGAGGAAAAAAAAAUUCUGAUAUAUUCAGGAGCAAAUAUUGUCAUUAAUUGCACACGUUUGGUGAAAUCUGGCAGUUUGUUUAACGGGGAUCAUUGGCACUAACCCUGAAUUCUGAAACAAGUGGUGCCUGACCUACAUAUAAAUAUAUAUAUAUUUUUUAAAUAACAGUCCAGAUUAUUACUUUCGAGACCUUUUCUGCCUAUGUUUAGCCAUUAAUUUAUUUUAUAAUUAAAGCAAUGUGUACAUUUUCGGUGAAAAUUUCUUUUUUUUUUUUUUAAACCUCAGCUGUUAAUAAAAGCCCAUCACUAAUAUUCAAUGUAAAGAUUACACCUGUUUGACAGUAAAUAAAUGUGAAUUUUUUUU